AUGGACACCCGACGAGUCGUGUUUCUAUGGGCCCUGAUGGGCCUUCUCAUACUCUACUUGAUUGCUUCGUCGUACAUGUUUGCAAAAUACGAGGGUGCAGACGCCCCAGAGUGUCGAACCGUGUCCAUGUACCCAUCGUAUGCUCGAAUACGCUCUUUCGAUGAACAGCAUACCAAAUUCGCUUCGAAGUACUCGUUGUGGUUGUAUAGAGAGCAGGGAAAGGACCUGAUUCCAGAGAAGGAAGGAGAAGGUUUCGAGGCACUCGACGGGAUCCCCAUCUUGUUCAUUCCUGGCAACGCUGGUUCCUACCGGCAAGUCCGGCUGAUCGCCGCUGAGACGUCGAUAUUAUUUUUUGAUGAGAACAUUAAUGUUGUUGAUAACGACAAACAAAAAAACUACGAUUUUUUUGCUGCUGAUUUCAACGAGGACUACCUGGCCUUUCAUGGACGCACGAUCCUAGAUCAAGCUGAAUUUCUCAACGAUGCUGUGGCGUUUAUUUUGCUGCUUUAUGCUAAGCACGAAACGCCUCCAACCUCGUUGAUCUUGAUUGGCCAUUCAAUGGGCGGUAUUGUAGCCAGACUCAUGUUGACUUUGCCUAAUUACGUGCCCGGAUCUGUGAACACUAUUCUCACGCUUUCUUCACCUCACUCAGCGCCUCCACUUACAUUUGAUGGUGAUCUUCUACGAGUUUAUUCAAAGAUUGACCAGUUCUGGUAUGAUGGCUUCCACCUGCAGCUGACCUUACCGGUGCCAUCUUUGGCCCAGCAACGUCUUCACAACGUCUCUGUGAUCUCCAUUACUGGUGGUCUUCUAGAUACCAUUUUACCCGCAGACUACACAACUCUUGGCUACCUUGUACCGCCAAGCAAUGGAUUCACCGUGUUCACUACCGGUAUACCUGAUGUGUGGACUCCUUCAGAUCAUUUGGCUAUAGUUUGGUGUAGGCAGCUCAGACGACUGAUCGCAAGAUGGCUAUUGAGCAUUGCUGACAUCACGUCGCCACACAGAACAGUACCUUUGGAGAAGAGAAUGCGGAUUCUGCGCGAUAUAUUCAUGACUGGCUUCGAGAAAUACACGGAGCAAGACAUCGGUGAGUCGGGCGACUUUGUACAAUUGACUUUAGCUGCAUCCGAUGUGGACAUGCAUGGUCCGAACCUAGUUGUUAGGUUAGAUAACCAAAACGAACACAGUCUCAGGAAGAAUAUUUUCAAACUUGAGCCUGAUGCUACAUUUUACUUUCUUUCGCUGCAUCGCCUUACUACUUGGGAGGAGUCAGCUACCGCUGAAACCGAGACGUCCAGCUUGCUUCUUUGCCGAAAUGCAAAUGAAGGUAGGGAAGGAGAACGAUUCAACAUAUCUGCUGAACAUCGUUGCCUCGACUUGUAUUCUUACAUUCGCCAGGUUCCGCGACUGAGCAAAGAUGUGGAGAGAAUUAUGGAUUCCUCGUUUGAUGGCGAGAAGAACCCAUUUUACGCUCUCAAAUUAGAGCCUCAAGUUCUUGGCAAGUACGACAUGAUAGUCAUGCAUGAACCUUUCAAGGCACCUGAAUCUCAUUUCGCUAUUGCCCAGCUCACAUCUGCCAACAAUACAAAUGCAACGAUGGAGUCUGACCUAAGCGGGUUACUUUUAAAGGAUGUCAAGAAAACCUUACCAAAAGAUCGCCUGAUGUCAUUCAAUAUUUAUAUUCCAGGUGCUUGGUCAAGCGUCCUAGCAUACAAAGUUGUGUUUAAAAACUUAGAUUUAGAAGAGCACAGCUUCACACCCUUUAUUCGUGAAUGGAGAGAUGAUCCUUACGAAAGUAAAUGGUACAUUAAUAUUAGAAACGAUAAAGCGACACACCUUAGCGUGCAUGCUGUUGCUCCUUACACUCCUUUUCAGAACACAAGGACCCAACAAGGUAUCAACCUCGAGCUUUGGGCCGAGCCGGGGUUUUCCAGCAAAGAUGACUCGUCAAAAGAUGUCGUGGUCAUAUUUUCUGUUGAUUUCUGGGGAAGCUUAAAACUUUUGGUCCUUCGUUAUAGACUAGCUGUGGUAGCCCACUGUCUUGCUGUUUCGUUAUUAAUCUUCGUGUUCCAGCUGCUCAAGUAUUAUGAGACAGGCAAGUUUCCCGACCACAUGUAUGGCCUUGGAUGCAUUUGCAACUUCAAGUGGCUACUUAUGAUUUUCAUCGUCCUUGGAUCGCUCACUUCAGUUGUGAAGAACGGAGUUGUUCAGAGCAUUCUCAACAGAAUUGACCCAGUCACAUUGCAUAGCAAGAAUGAGAUUCAUGUGAGUUUACACCCAGAGUACACUCUCCAUACCCUAUACUUAGGUUUGGAAGAGGGCUGUCUUUGGUUUUUUGGACCCUUGUUUUUUACUGUGGCGCUUGGAAUCAACUGGCUUGGGUACAAUCUCUUGCUCCUUGCAGGCUCCGCAAUUGUCUACGUCGGUCGUAUUACAAGACUUCUAUCAAGGAACCUAGAAGAGAAAGAGUCACAGCAUGUCAAAGUACGCAAGAGCAAGGUAGGGGGGAUGGUAUUGUUGAUGGUUCUUGUUUCCUUCUACUUGCCGUAUCAAUUCGCCUAUGUUAUCUCCUUGACGGUACAAGUGGUCACUGUUGUGAAACUUAUGGCGAAUAGAAACGCUCGAACAGCUCUUAAUUUCAAUAUGGGAGUAAUGAUGGUGAUGCUCUGGGUGUUACCUAUCAGCAUUCCCGUUUUGAUUGUGUUUGUUCACAAUUUCAAUAUCAAUUGGGCUACGCCUUUCUCGUCACACCACAAUCUCCUUGCAAUAGCACCGAUUUUUGCGCUUGUGCUGCUCCAAAGUCAAUACAAAGAAUGGAUUCCAUUACCAAAGAAGGGAGACGGCAAGGACCUUUACUUCAAGACGAUUGUGGCGAUGCUGAUGUAUACCAUUUUCUACUGCAUGGUCUACGGGGUCCGCCAUACGUACUGGUUGCACCACUUGUUUAACUUUACGUGUGGGUUGAUGCUACCAGGGUAUAUCGACCGAUUCGUGGACCCAAAGUCAACAAAAUAA